UCAGAUAUUUUUUUGGGUGCCGUAGAAGUGCAUCUCCGGAUCUUUUGGCCAUGGACUUUGAGGCGAUACUGGGCAAAUGCGGCGACUCCCAUCGCUACCAGUACAUGCUGUUGGCUCUCUACGGUCUCCUGAUGUUUAUUGUUUCCCGGCAAUACUUUGCCCAGAGCGUCAUUAGCUUUGUGCCCGAUCACUGGUGCUAUCACGAACAGCUGGAGAAUCGAAGCUAUUCGGAAAUCGCUGCAAUCUACGCCCCAUUCAAGAAACCUUCGUGCACGCGACUCGCGUCGAUCAACGAGGAUGGGAGCAAUGCCACUGCUAGCAAUCAGCCCUGUAAUCGAUGGAUCUACAACUACGACCAUGGUUUUAGAAGCAUGAACGCUGAUCUGAAUUGGGUGUGUGAUGAGGCGUACAAGGCGCGAGUGGGUCAGUCCCUGUUCUUUGUGGGCUCCAUGUGUGGCACCCUGCUUUUUGGACUACUCGGCGACCGAAUCGGACGGAUCAGAGCCGUGGUUUUGGCCAACUGGUGCGGCUUCCUGGGCGAUUCGGCCACCAUUUUCGCUGAGAGCUUGGUUACCUUUUCAGCCAGCCGGUUCGUAUCUGGUCUGGCUGCUGAGGCCAACGCCUACCUGAUGUAUAUUCUGGUGCUGGAGUACGUCUCGCCAACGAUGCGAAGUGUGGGCCUAAACCUGACGAUGUCUGUUUGGUACUGCCUGGGCAUGAUAAGUGCCUCUUGGCAGGCCGUCUGGCUGGGCGGUUGGCGCUCCUUCAUGGCCUGGUCAGCGCUGCCCCAGCUGCUGGUCACCGUCUUCUAUUUUCUGGUCCAGGAGAGCGCCCAGUGGCUGGUCACGCGCCACGACAUCGAUGGCGCCGAAUUGAGGCUGCGGCGGGUGGCCAAGUUCAAUAGGCGCGAGGUCAGCGAGGCGGACUUUGAGCAAUUCCGCCAGCAUUGCAAAACAAAGGAGUCCGAGGCCAGCAGUCAGGUAUCCAUGCAGAAGCAGUCACGUCUGAUCGAUGCACUCAAGCUGCCUCGCCUGCGCCUCAGACUGAUCUACGUGCUGGUUGUGUUCUCGAUAACAGUGCUCUGCUACAACACGAUGUCCCGCAAUGUGGAAGGCCUGAGCAUAUCGCCAUUCGUCAUGUUCACCCUUUUCGCCCUGACUUUGCCACCUUCGGGGAUCUUUCAAACCCAAGUCCAGAAGAACUUUGGACGCAAGUUUACCUCAGUGAUCAGUAUGACAGCCACUGGAGUGAUGACCGCGGCCACUGGGAUUUUGCUAACCUUUUGGACCCAGCCCAGUGAAACGGUUAUGGUGUGCCUCCUGCUGGUAUCCCGAUUCGGGAUCUCUGUGAUCACGGGAUCCACCAUGCAGAUAUCCGCUGAGCUUAUGCCCACCUGCGUGCGAUCCAGUGGCCUGGCGGUGAUCCACGUCACGGGAGCAGCCUUCUCCUUCCUCUCGCCAUUUAUUUUGCAUCUGGACACCUAUUUCCGGGCUGCAUCCUCGAUCAUUCUGUGCAUGUUGCUGCUGCUUUGUGCCUGGAUCUGCCUGCUCCUGCCGGAGACGAGAAACAAAAAGCUACCCAUGUCGCUGGCGGAGGGCGAGGAAUUCGGCAAGAACGAGCGGAUGUUCGACUUUGUGAGGAGCUUCGAGAAAGAGGAUAAAGACGAUCUCAAGGCUGGCACCAAUGAGAAACUUAUGGCGGAAUAAAUGUACUUACUAAGUAGGUGUUACGGUUGGAGCUAAUCAGUUCUAUUACGUUCUUUAUUUUUAAAAGAAAUGCAUUUAUUUACAUUCGUUAAAAUUUAUUUGCGCAAAGUGUCUAGCAGAAGAUGCCUGUAUAAUUUAAAAAAAAUACUUAGAAUUUAUUGUUUUUGUUAGAUUUUACUUUACAAACUUGUUUUUAGUCUACGCAAUUAUGUUUACGAAGAUUGUUGGUUUAUAAAAGUAUUAUUAAGAAUUGAACAAUUAAAUUAGCUCUACUACCCUAAACAGAACUGUAGGCUAUCCAUAACAACAUAAUAACAAGAGUACAAGAUAAUAAUAUAGCUGACAAUAGGAAUGGCACUAAAGACUGCGCUAAUUACUAGAUAAG